CUCCCCGUUUUAAAAGUUCCCCAAGCUACAGCACUACUACAGCAUAGUAUGUAUGUACAUACCCUACUGUUCUUUAAACAAGAGUUCUUUAAACAAGAAACAUAUGCCACAUGGCAAUGCCAAGCUAAGGUACUUUAUGUGUCCAAAUCAUGGACUCUCCUCUUGUCGUCCAACUAUUUCGAAGCUUGUUUAGACAUCCCGCCUGUCCAUCCAGAAGAAACUUAGCUGCCUUAACAAAUUGCCUCCAACAUGGCCGUCGAAUUCAGCAACGCCAACAGGAGCAGAGGCGUUAUAUGGGCCACCGCCAUACCACAAGAGGAUCGAAGCAUGGCCCGUCUGGCCAGGAGGACAAUUGGCAGCAGAGAACGGACAUGUUUGUCCUGGAUAUGACGGAAGAGUAUAAGGCCUUUCCCACUGUCACCGCCAACGACCUAAGGUCACGGAGGGAACGUCCGCGCAAGGUCAAGAUGCUCAUGCGCGACUUCAUCGAAGAUAGCCUUUAUAAUCCACAUUACGGCUACUUUUCCAAACAAGUCGUCAUCUUCAGCCCUGGCGAACCCUUUAACUUCAACGACUUGCCCGACGAGCCUACCUUUCAUGACGAGCUACGACGGCGUUACACCGAGUUCGAGGAUAAGCUAGACGCCAAAGACGGCCGGAGCAACGACACCCGCCAGAUAUGGCACACUCCCACCGAACUAUUCCGGCCCUACUACGGCGAGGCCAUCGCCCGUUACCUCAUGUCCAACUACCUCAUGACCACAUACCCCUAUCACGACCUGAUUAUCUACGAGAUGGGCGCUGGUCGCGGUACCCUCAUGCUCAACAUCCUCGACUACAUUCGCGACAUCGAGCCCGCCGUUUACGACCGCACCAAGUACAAGAUCAUCGAGAUCUCUUCCUCCCUUGCAUCCCUCCAGAACGCCCAACUCUUGGCCACGGCCGCCAGUAGGGGUCACGCCAACAAGGUCGAGAUCAUCAACAAGUCCAUCUUCGACUGGGAUUCCCGCGAGCCCUCCCCUUGCUUCUUUCUGGCCAUGGAGGUAUUCGAUAACUUUGCUCAUGACGUCUUGCGCUACGACCUAAAAACGGAAGAACCCCUCCAGGGCACCGUGCUCAUCGACGGCCACGGCGACUUCUACGAGUUCUACGAGCCCGUGCUAGACCCAGUCGCCGCACGCUACCUCCGUGUGCGCCACGCCGCCACAAACGGGCAGUACCGCGUGCCCUACCCCACAAACCGCGCCAUGCGCUGGCUCAAGACGCAGCUGCCCCUGGCGCCCAACCUCAGCGACCCGGAGUACAUCCCCACACGACUGAUGCAGUUCUUCGACAUCCUCGAGAAGCACUUCCCCGCGCACCGCCUCGUCACCAGCGACUUCCACAAGCUGCCCGACGCCGUCCGCGGCCUCAACAGCCCCGUCGUCCAGACCCGCUUCGAGCGCCGCAUGGUCACCGUCUCCACCCCGCUCGUCCACCAGGGCUACUUCGACAUCCUCUUCCCCACCGACUUCGCCGUCAUGGAGGCCGUCUACGGCGCCCUCACCGGAAAAUUAACCCGUGUCUUGACUCACGAGACCUUCAUGAACUCCUGGGCUUAUGUUGAGGAUACGAGGACGCGCAGUGGUGAGAAUCCGCUGUUGAGUUGGUAUCGGAAUGCCAGUGUUAUGGUUACUCUGUAGGGUGGCGGGCCUAGAUGUAGGUGCACAUAUGCAGGUAGCAAGGCUUGUUCGGGCGAUGUUCGAAAGCUUAGCCUGGAGUACAUAUAGUGAGUGCAUAGUAUAGUACAUGUAUAUGUGGAAAAAAUAAAAAUACUGAUCCCUACUAA